AUAGUUAACAUGGCUUCGCGGUCUUUAAAUACGAUAAAACAAAUGUUUCGAGUUAUGAAAGACACGCCGGGCUACGACAGAGUCUUGAGCAAGGUGGAGGUCGUGUCUGCGGCACCGGGGAAAGUGGUGUGCGAGAUGAAGGUGGAAGAGGAACACGCCAACGGCUUUGGGACGCUGCACGGCGGCUUGACAGCCACCCUGGUGGACGUUAUCUCCACCGUGGCCCUCUUGAACACCGAGAGGGGAGUGCCGGGUGUCAGCGUUGACAUGAAUAUAACCUACAUGAACGCGGCCAAGAUGGGCGAGGACGUUCUGAUCACGGCGCAAGUGUUGAAACAGGGACGCACGCUAGCUUUUUCCACGGUGGACUUGACCAGCAAGGCCUCGGGGAAGAUGAUCGCGCAGGGACGACACACCAAACACCUCGGCAACAGCUAA